AUGGUAUUCAUACGUGAUUUAAAACGUGAAUUUUUUGAAUUCAUUUCUAAACAACAACGUCGUUUACUUGUCUUUGUUCAUCUUGAUGUUGAUAGUUUAUGUGCUUGGAAAAUAUUUCAGCAUUUAUUACAAUGUGAACAUAUAGCAUAUACAUGUUUGCCGGUACUAUACAAAUAUGAUUUAGAAAAUGGUCAUAUGCAACAUAUUCAUAGUGGAAUUAAAUCAAUUGUAUUUAUUAAUUGUGGCUCAACACUCGAUUUAUAUGACUUUUUAUCGCUUGACUCAAUUGAAAAUAAUAAUCACAAUGAUGAAAAUAAUUUAACAUUAUUUCUUCUGGAUAGUCUACGUCCAAUCGAGCAUCGAAAUGUUUAUGAUGCUAAACAAAUUCGUAUACUUAUUUUACCAACGAAAAUUGAUGCAGAGAAAAAACGUGUACCGCAAUAUGAAGAAUUGUUUCAUGAAGCAUACGACGAUGAUGAUGAAAAUGAUAAUGAUGAUAGUCAAAGUGAUAACGAUGAAGAUGACGAUAAUAUUAGUAUGAGAAUUGAAAGUAGUGAAGCUCGAGAAAAAAGAUUAAAACGACAUUGGUUAAAAAGACGCGAUAAAGCUUUAGCGAACUAUUAUAAAUAUCGACAACAUUCAUAUUCAUCAGCAUUAAUUAUGUUUGAAUUAGCUUAUUUACUAUCAAAAGAUACAAAUGAACAAUUAUGGUACGCUAUUAUCGGUGUGACGGAACAAUUACUUCAUGGUCGAAUCGAUCGUGAUUAUUCUUCAAAGUCAUGUUCUUCGUCUGAAUCAUCAACAGAAUCCUGCGCCCAAUUCGAACGAUGA